AUGUUUACAUCCACUCCUAAAAUUAAACCUUAUCAGUCAUUACUAUAAAACUCUCUCUAACAUAAACCUAUCUAAUAACCUAUUUUCGCUGAAAUUACACCAUCUACACCUUAAAAAUUUAAUAUGUUGAAGAAUCUCAAAGUUCUCAAUGUCUCAUCCUAACCUAUUGAAAAUAGUUUUAGAUCCAGUAAUGCUAAAAGAACAUUAACAUAAGAUAGUCCUUAAAUUAAUAAAGAAAAUGCUAAUUUAAGAUUUGAUUAAGCCUCAACUUAAAUUGAAAUUUAACUUAAACAUUACAUGAAAGAAAAUAAAAAACUAUCUGAUUUAGUUACUAAAUUAACUAAAGAAAAAUAAGAAUUAAUAACUUAAAUUUAAAAUACAGAUUUUAAUAUUAUUAAAUAAAGAGUUGAAAGAUUAGAAUCUGUUAUUGAUCAUUAGACUGAUGAGAUUGAAGAUUGGAAAAAAAAAUAUAAAGAUGUUUGUUAAAAUGAUCCAAGUUCAUCUAUUAUUGAUAAUAUGGUAUUCUAAUUAUUAAAUAAUAGGAAACUCAAAUGGCAGAAAUACUCAAAGAAAAUGAAAGACUAAAUAAACUCCAAUUAAAUUAAGUUUAAAAAAUUGAAAAUUUAGAAUAAAUAAUCAAAGACUUAGAAUAUAAAAUUACUGAUUAGAACAAUUAAAUUAUUGCUUAUGAAGAAGAAAGAAUAAAUUUCAAAGAAAAAGGAACAAAUCAGCUAGAACAACCAAAUAAUACAAUUAAUUCUAACUUUUUAGAAUACGCAACACUUAUUGAAACAGUAUGAAAUAUAGAAUUUAUUAUAGAAAAUUGCAGACUUAACUAAAUUCGAACAUGAGAAUCAAUAAUAAUACGAAGAUUUAAAAUAGUAAUUUAAUACUCUUCACACUAAAUUGAAUUAAAUGAAUGUGAAAUCCUCUAAUUUAGAAUAACUUACUACUGUUUUAACUGAAUUGAAAAAUAAUGUUAAAAAUUAGAAGUAUACAUGA